AUGAUCUCACUACAACAGCUAAUAAUAUCAAUCCUAUUAUUUUUCACGUCAUCUGUGCAAUCAGUGGACCUUACUGUUGACGAUAAAGAUUCUGUAUGCUCUGCAGCAAAGGUUGUUGUCCAAGGUGUUUGGAACUAUUACGAAGGUCUCAAAAAUGGAGGUACUGUGGGAAUGUUUGCUCCACCAAACUAUUGGUGGAAUGCAGGUGAAGCUUUUGGGGGGUUAGUUGAUUUUUAUACUUUCUGUGAAUCCGACAACUCUACAUUGGAAAGCUUGAUUUAUAAUGGAAUGUACCACCAAGCCGGUGAAAACUACAAUUAUAUUCCAUCUAAUCAAUCAAUGACAGAAGGUAAUGAUGAUCAAGGUGUUUGGGGUAUGGCUAUUAUGCAAGCUGUGGAAAGAAAUUUCACUGAGCCAGAGUCACACAGUUGGUUAGCGAUGGUCCAGGCCGUAUUCAAUACCAUGAAUGCAAGAUGGGAUGCCGAUAAUUGUGGUGGGGGGUUAAGAUGGCAAAUUUUCACUUGGAAUUCGGGUUAUGAUUAUAAGAAUUCAAUUUCAAAUGGUUGUCUUUUCCAUUUGGCAGCAAGAUUAGCAAGAUAUACUGGGAACAGCUCAGUUUAUGUGGACACAGCUGAGAAAGUUUGGAAAUGGAUGGAAGAUGUCGGCUUUUUAACCGAAGAGCAAAAUGGUGAUGUUAGAAUUUAUGAUGGUGCUAAAAUCGCUAACAACUGUAGUUCUGUGACUGACUUGAGAUGGUCCUACACAUAUGGUGUAUUUAUGACUGGCUGUGCUUAUUUGUACAACUUCACCGGCGACGAUGUAUGGUUGACUAGAACAAAUGAGAUUGUACAAGCAUCUUUAUCAUAUUUUUUUGCCAAUAAGAUUAUGCAAGAGACAACUUGCCAACCCCAAAACAAAUGUAACAAUGAUCAAAGGUCCUUCCGUUGUUUGUUCUCACGUUGCCUUGGCUUAACUACACAAUUGGUGCCAGAAACCAAAGAUAAGAUUAGAGAAGUUUUGGAGGCAAGUGCUGAAGGUGCUGCUAAAUCAUGUUCCGGUGGGUCCGAUGGGGUGACAUGUGGUGAAAAUUGGGCACUCGGCAGCUGGGAUGGUGUUUAUGGUUUAGGUGAACAGACUAGUGCCUUGGAAGUUAUGAUGGCUUUGAUCGUUGAGCCACCGCUUUCUGUUAAGACUGGUGGUACUAACAGAACGAACUAUGCUGCCGGUACCAACUCAGAAGAUAAUGCCAAUAAGAAUGAAUUAACCAUAACAGGAAAGGAUAAAGCUGGUGCUGGUGUCUUGACAGCAAUAGUUUUGGCGGUUAUUUUGGGCGGAGCUAUAUGGAUGAUCUUUUGA